UUUCUCCUACCCAAUAUCACCUUUGCCCCUUUUAUACAACCCAACCUCACUCUCCUCCCCUCUCCUCUCCUCUCCUCAGUUCAUCUCUACGGAGUAGCAGUAGGCAUCAGUUUCCCCUGACGAUGUAUCACCAGCAGUGCGAGCUCCUGAUGCCCCAUGAGGACCUGGACAUGGACGCCGGCCAGUCGCACCACCUUGCCGCCGCCUCAGCCGUCCCGGCAGAGCUCAACUUCCAUCUCCUAUCCUACGUAGACGCCGCUGUCUCGCCGCAGCAGCCCACCGUUGAGUACUUCUUCGGCGGCGCCGACCAGCCCCAUGCGCAGUUCGAGCAGCUGGCCGCCAACCACCAGGCGAUGACCGUGCUGCGGGACUACUACGGCCAGUACCCCGCCACCGCCGACGCGUAUCUACCCGGCGGCGGUCCGAGGACCGGUUCGUCGUCCCUGGUGUUCGGUGCUGCCGAAGAGGAGUCGGCCUACAUGGUAGGCGGCUUCCAGUGCUCCCCCAAGCCGCGGGCGAGCGGCAGCAGGAAGCGGGGCCGGGGCGCCGGCAGCAGCUUCCACGGCUUUCCGGCCAACGGUGGCGUCGAGAAGAAGGAGAAGCAGCGCCGGCAGCGCCUCAGCGAGAAGUUCACCGCUCUCAUGCUUCUCAUCCCCAACCGUACCAAGGAGGAUAGGGCCACGGUGAUCUAUGACGCGAUCGAGUACAUCCAGGAGCUUGGGAGGACGGUGGAGGAGCUGACGCUGCUGGUGGAGAAGAAGAGGGGCCGGCGGGAGCACCAGGGGGACGUGGUGGAUCCGGCGCCCCUGGUGGUGGCCGGAGAAGGGGAGUGCUCUGCAGGCGAGCUGGCGGCCGCGGUGAUGCCAGCGAUGCCACCGCCGCCGCAGCCGAUACGGAGCACGUACAUCCAGCGGAGGAGCAAGGAGACGUUCGUGGACGUGCGGAUCGUGGAAGACGAGGUGAACAUCAAGCUCACCAAGCGCCGCCGCGACGGGUGCCUCGCCGCCGCGUCCCGGGCUCUGGAUGACCUCCACCUAGACCUCGUCCACCUCUCCGGCGGCAAGAUCGGCGACUGCCACAUCUACAUGUUCAACACUAAGAUUCAUCCUGGGUCUCCAGUUUUUGCAAGCGCAGUGGCCAGCAAGCUGAUCGAAGUGGUGGAUGAGUACUAGCAGCUUGUUCUCUAGUCACAGCUAGCAGGGGCGAUUCGUUUCUAUAUUGCUAGCUAGCUAGCUAGGGUUCCUGGAUAUCUGCAUCUAUCAGUACUUCAGUAGUUCUUUGGCGUUAAUUUUGGACGUUUUGAUCCAAUGAUUGGUGAUAUAUGUCUGAGUGUUUUGGUAUCUGAAUUCUUAGGGUUUGUACUGAACUUCUUGAAUAAAAUAAUUAACUGAAACUUUUCAGUUUGGACUUUGGACCGAUGAUUAAAAAAAUGUUUUUCAGAUUAUAUGUAAUUUUCUGGAUUAUUCAUGAGAGAAAGCACAUAAGCAUGCAUGGUGUGAGUAGGUUGAGCAGACGGUUGUAGAUCUGGAUGAACCUGGGUAGGUGA